AUGGUAGACGACAGCGAGAAGAAGGUGGUUGCCGGCGCCCCACUGUAUCUGCGGAAAAAUAAGGGAACAUGGACGGCAGAGCAGCAGUCAGCUUACUGGCGAGCAAAAAAGGCGGAACGGAGGCGACGAAGCAAAGAGGCGGCUGCACAACGACGUGAGGCGCAGCAGAAGGAGUGGGAGGAACUUGACGACGAGGAGCGGGAACGCCGGCGUGCAGAGGCGAUCACAGUUCACGAGCGACGGCGGGCCGCAGAGGCAAAGGAGCAUGCGGUGCGUGAGCAGCACCUCGCCGACACCUCUCUCCCGUUGCUGGUGUUCGACCUAAGCUUCGCCUGGUGCAUGACGGCUGCCGACUGUCGCAGUACAGUAUCGCAGAUAAAGUUUAGCUACAGUGUAUUGCGGCGGCAUAACUUCCCGAUGCGGCCUGUGAUCACAUCUAUUGGUGGUCAGGAGACGGUGAACUCGAGCAUACAUGGCGAGGUGUUGCGCACGAUGUGUGACUUCGAGGGGUUUCGCCGUUAUCCUCCACCGAUUCACGAGGAGCACUGGUCUACUCUGUACAGAAAGGAGGACGUCGUCUUUUUGACGGCUGACACAGAAACUGUGCUAGAGGGCCUGGAACCCGAUACGGUGUACGUCGUUGGCGCCUUUGUAGAUCACAAUUCGCGAAAGUUUCUCACUAGAGAUGCGGCGAGGCGUCAUGGCGUGCGUAUGGCCCGUCUUCCACUAGAUGAAUCCAUUGAGGUGGGUAACCGCUGCAAAGUCCUCACGGUGAAUCAUGUGGUGGAGGUGCUAUGCCGGUUUGCCGACUGUGGUGACUGGCGUAGGGCGUUUGACGUGCUGCCGACAAGGCGAGCGAAGACGGCACGCCAGAAACGUCCUCACUCCUCAGCUGGGGUGGGGAGUCUUUCCUCGGAUAAGGAUGCUGCAGAGUCGGUUGAGAGCAACGACGGCUGCCACGAUUGA